CUCCAUUUCUGACACCCACCCACCCACCCACACCCACAUUGUUCUCAUCGACACCACCACCACCACCGACCACCGCGAACCAGCAUGCAGGCUCUCCAAUCCUCCUCUCUCCUCCGCCCAUCUCCACUAAACCCACUUCUCAAAUCCUCCCCAAACCUCCCCACCAAUGCCAAACCCUCCUCCACAUCCACCCCCAAGAGGACUCUCCCAUUCAUCUCUGCUUCCGCUCCGAAACGCGAAUCCGAUCCCAAAAAACGGGUCGUAAUCACGGGUAUGGGUCUCGUCUCCGUCUUCGGCAACGAAGUUGAUGCUUACUACGACAAGCUUCUCGCAGGCGAGAGUGGAAUCAGACUCAUUGACCGGUUCGAUGCGUCCAAAUUCCCUACCCGAUUCGCUGGCCAGAUCCGCGGGUUCAACUCUCAGGGCUACAUUGAUGGCAAGAACGAUAGGCGUCUCGAUGAUUGUCUCAGGUACUGCAUUGUUGCUGGGAAGAAGGCUCUUGAAGCUGCUGAUCUUGGGGGUGAUAGGCUCGGAAAGAUUGAUAAGGAGCGAGCUGGUGUGCUUGUUGGAACAGGGAUGGGUGGUCUUACAGUGUUUUCUGAUGGCGUCCAGGCUCUCAUAGAGAGAGGUUACAGAAAAAUCACUCCAUUUUUCAUACCUUACGCCAUAACAAAUAUGGGCUCUGCCUUGCUUGCAAUUGAGCUUGGUUUUAUGGGACCAAAUUAUUCGAUUUCAACCGCUUGUGCUACCUCCAAUUAUUGCUUUUAUGCUGCUGCCAAUCACAUCCGUCGAGGUGAGGCUGAUUUGAUGAUUGCUGGAGGAACUGAAGCUGCCAUUAUUCCCAUUGGCUUGGGAGGUUUUGUAGCAUGUAGAGCUCUGUCUCAGAGGAAUGAUGAUCCCCAAACUGCUUCUAGGCCAUGGGAUAAAGAACGAGAUGGCUUUGUUAUGGGUGAAGGUUCUGGAGUAUUGGUGCUGGAGAGCUUGGAACAUGCAAUGAAACGAGGUGCUCCAAUUAUUGCAGAGUACUUGGGAGGUGCGGUAAACUGUGAUGCUUAUCACAUGACUGAUCCAAGAGCUGAUGGACUUGGUGUCUCUUCAUGCAUUGAGAGAAGCCUUGAAGAUGCUGGUGUGUCUCCAGAGGAGGUUAACUACAUAAAUGCACAUGCAACUUCCACUCCAGCUGGUGAUGUAGCUGAGGUGAAUGCCAUAAAGAAGGUAUUCAAGAACACUUCGGAGAUCAAAAUGAAUUCAACGAAGUCUAUGAUAGGUCACUGUCUCGGUGCUGCUGGAGGUUUGGAAGCCAUUGCUUCAGUAAAAGCCAUUAACACAGGGUGGCUGCAUCCUACUAUAAAUCAAUUUAACUUAGAGCCUUCUGUCGAGUUUGACACCGUUGCAAACAAAAAGCAGCAGCAUGAAGUCAAUGUUGCCAUUUCAAAUUCAUUUGGCUUUGGCGGACACAACUCUGUCGUGGUGUUUUCUGGAUUCAAGCCCUGAUCGAGCAUGUUGCUUCAUCUACUUUGAGCCAGAACAAUAUUUCUUGUUGGAGGAUUAAUACAAUUUUCAGAGGCUGCUUCAUCUACUUUGUGCAAGUUGCUGCAUACGCACUUGAUCUUCAUAGCUCUUUAUGUUUUACUUUUGAGUUGGAACUUCAGCUUUUGUCUUCGUGGUCUUUUUUCCCUUUUCUUUUUCAUUUUAAAUGUGUUUGAAUCUCUUUAAUUAAAUCGGGAAUGAAAUUUUGUUCUUCUGAAUCA